AUGACGGUCCCAGCACUAAGAGUUACAGUAGAUGGCGACAACAACAAGAUAUACCAGGCAGGAGAAAAGGUCAAGGGCCAAGUCUGGUUGGCAGUAGAAGAGCAAAAGGAUGUUGCGUCACUGAAGUUGGUCUUCGCCGGGAGUUGUAUUACCAAGACUACCAGGCCACUACAUACACAUGGCAACAACGAUGCCACUCCGUCAAGGCAAACCUACGAAGAAAAAAUACGCCUGUUCAACCGAGAAAAACAUCUACUUUCUUGUUGCAGACUUGCACCGAAGAAAUAUUCCUGGAAUUUUGAAUUCACCUUCCCAGCAUCUACCGAACCUCAGUACAAACGCUCAGCCCAUGGAGACAGUUACCUCUGGGAACCACAUCCACUCCCGCCGACAUUCCAACUAAAAACAGACGUCCCGGACGGUACAGCACAAAUAUCAUACUUUGUCCAGGCAAGACUUGUCCUAUCUGGCUCCACAGAAACAAAGAGAUGCAAGCAGACACUCCGCUACCACCCCAAACCACCCGCAUACGCAAUCUCCCGCCCCCGUACCGCCUCCUCCGUCCUCUACGGCCAAUCCUGGAAGCCCACCCGCGAAAAAGACGAAUCCCGCGUGAAGAAAGUCUUCUCAGGCGUCUCCAUGAACUCGACCCCCCGCAUCGUCCCCACACUCUAUCACCCCAUCUGUGUCGGACCCGGCGGCCACAUCUCCCUCUCCCUCAACCUCCUCAACGCCCGCGACCCCGCCAACCAUGCCGGGCGCCACUGCACCAUCUCCACCCUUUCCGUCGUCAUAUCCACCUACUCCACCACCAUGUGCGGCAACUCGUCUUCCUACCCCGAAGACACCGUCGCCAAACACGUAACCUGCAUCUCGCGCUCAGACAUGCAAAAGCACCUUCCCUUGAACAAAACCGUCCCCCUGACCUCGAAUUCCUUCCGCCUCCUCGACGACGCAGAGUGCAUCCCCUCGUUCAAGACGUACACGAUUACCCGCAGGUACACGCUCGGCGUCACCGUCGGUAUACAGUACAACGACCAGCAAUUCACAAUCCGGUCUACCACGCCCCUCGAGAUCUUGCCCCGCACACGUCGUGAUGCGUCGUCGGCUUUGACGCAACCAGACGAGGAGGAUGAUGUGGAGCCCCUGCCGGUAUAUAGUCCAAGGGAACCAGACAGAGAGUUUGCACCUCAUUAUGAGGACAUUUGUCACUCGCUGUCGCGUAUGCCGUCGAGUGCCGAGUCGGUCCUGUCGAGGGUCGAGUCGAGUAGUUCGAGCUUGUUUUCGAGCCAGUCUGGGGUUAGUACUGUGGCGAGUACGCCGGGUGUCGAGGUGGAGCACAUGCGGUUUGAGAGGGUUACGUGA